ACGUGAUAUCGUCCGAGCCAUUCCACGCCUUGAUUAGGGGCCAUUAGGCACUCGCCAACUUUUUGCUCGCCAGCUUCAAGCUUGGAAGCCCUGUGUUAUCACUAGGCUAACGUAUCGCAAGAAAAAAUGGCAGAAGAGAAGUCGCCCAUAACUCAACAAAUUCAAAGCGGCACCAGUCGGGGGAGUGGAUCUCCGCUGGUCAGUGUAGACCUCCGAGAAGUGGAAGACUGCGUCAUUUACGACCGCCACGGAACGUGCAUCCCGUUCAAAAGUUUGUUCCAAGACAGGAAGUCGAUCAUCAUCUUUGUGCGGAAUUUCUUAUGUUACAGUUGCAAAGAGUAUGUGGAUGAUCUGAGCAAAAUACCCGAAGUGAUUCUGAAGGGUGCCGGCGUUAGUCUUGUUGUCAUUGGUCAAUCUGCUCAUCAUCACAUACAGCCUUUCUGCUCAUUGACGGGAUACGCUCAUGAGAUCUACGUUGACCCCAAGAGGAUCAUUUACCAAAAGCUUGGGAUGAAACGUGAAGCGAAGUUUACAGACUCAGCCCAGCCCAGUCCUCAUGUGAAGUCUGGUGUAUUUAUGGGUCAAAUGAAGAGUUUAUGGAGAGCCAUAACGAGUCCUGUAUUCGACUUCCAGGGGGAUAUUUAUCAGCAAGGUGGUGCCAUCAUUGCAGGACCAGGCCCUCAAGUCCAUUUCUUACAUUUUGAUGCAAAUCAUCUUGACCACAUGCCUAUCAACUGGCUGCUGCAGCUCGCCGGAAUUGAAGUCACUUUAAACUUCAGCAAACAAGCAAAGGUUAUCCAUGUGUAGCCUGCCGGCACGCCCAAAGUGGCACCUUUUGCAUCUACUUUGCACCUACAUUGUUGCGUAAAUCUGCUGUUUACAGUGUUAUUUAUUUUUGUUUACAGUGUACUUACUGUAAGUGUACUUACUGUAAUUAUGCCCUUUUCAGCCGGCAGAACAGUUAAACAAACGCAAUGUGUUCGCUCACUUCAGAAGCUGCCUGCAUGUAGACGUUCCUGCAUCACAGUCAACCCCCCCCAGUCCUGCCCCUUAAAAGCACAUAUCUAACACAGUCACUACAACAGAUUAUAUAUAUUUUCUA